AUGUCUUCAAACGUUCUGUGGAAAAUUCUGAUUCUUUCAGUCUGUUUGUCUACAAUAACUUCUGGUUUAUCGCAAAGCAAUAAGGUUAGUCAACUCAGUUUUAUUAUAUUUGGUGUGUGCAUGUGUUGAGUUAAGCCUUAAAUUUCUAGUUUUAAGUUUUAUGCGCCCACCAAAGUGCACGAAGGCUGACUAUUCCAUCUAAAACUCGCGAAGUUUGAACUUGCACAAGAAAUUGUUCAUUACAAAUUGAUAAAUUCACUUUUUACUUCAGAAUUUCACUAAAUGUAAUCCAGGAAAGUCACGAAAACCUAGCUGGGCGCGUCAAGAACUUGAUUUGUGUAUAGGAGAAAAAAACGGAGUCACUCAAUGGCAAUAUAUCGAUGGUAAGGACAGUGUUAAUGACCUCUGUACUGAUAUUCAGUAGUUGUGAAUUAAUGGUCUGUACUCUGUAGUAACAUUAGACUGAUACAGAAUGGUCCUGCAUGACUGGACCUCUAUACUAGAGAGAAUAGUUUCGAACUAUACGACUAAUUCAAUUAAGGGUGUCCUUUUCAAAGUCAAAACUCAACCAUGAUUGACAUGCAUACAGUUUGGCUAGCUUCCUCCGCAGGCAACUAUGUAGUUCUACAACGUUAUUAACUAUAAAAGAUUUAUCAAGAACGUAGAAAAUACAAGGAAAUAGUUCUGAAAUACGAUAUGAUUGUGAUUUUAUCGACAUUGAGCAUAGUGCGUUUGUCUGUUGAAGGCAGCUCGUAUUGUCCACAUAUGUUCCACAUUAUCCUCCCUAUUUUUUCAGCUCCAGGCCUUUUUAAUUUGCGCUUCUUGUUUAUUAAUAUAUCGUAUUUGAGAACUAUUUCCUUGUAUUUUCUACGUUCCUUUAUAGUUAAUAACGUUGCAGAACUACGCAGUUGCCUGCGGAGGAGGCUACAGUUUCUCAAUCAUGGUUUGCGACGCUCCGUAGCUAAUAAGUAGUACGGUUGCUACGUCUCACAUUACUCACAAGCCGCGUUUUGCUUCUGCGUAUAAAAACUAUUUUAAUGGACCAAUCCCCAAUUAACCAAAAUUUUGAACUCAACAAGUCUAGACAAAAUUUCAUCACAGCGUGAAAGAGCAUCCCAAAAUUAGUAAUAUUCCAAAGUUUCAUUGCGAAAUGUUGUAAAAUGUGGAUAAUAUAGCCUUGCGAAGUUUGUAAUUUUCAGUCAUUUUGUAAUACGCACGGAAGUGGUAACCAUUUCCCGUUUGUAAUCUAAAAUGACUGAAAAUUGCAAACGUCGCAAGGCUAUAUUAUCCGCAUUUUACAACAUUUUAAAACGAAACUUUGGAAUAUUACUAAUUUUGUGAUGCUCUUUCAAGUUGUGAUGAAAUUUUUGUCUAGACUUGUUGAGUUCAAAAUUUUGGUUAUUUGGGAAUUGCUCCAUUGGAUUCUAUAACUCGCUCGUCUAAUCCAAUUCAAUAGCAAACCGUCAAAAUUCGUUGGAUUAACGUUAAAGAAAGUUGUUUGUGGGGCAUGCUCAACUACGUUGGGAUUUAAAUUCACUUGAUUAGCAUAAAUCCUAGACAUAUUAUACUUCAUUAACAAAACAUAAUUACUGUAGUGCUAAUCUAAUAAUAAUUUAAAUAAUAGGCAAUCGCAUUCUAUCCAGUAUAAAUACGGUUAAUUUAGGUUUCUCCUGUGAUAACACAGGAGGAAAAGCUGUUUAGAACUGAUCUAGCAUAAAUUUAGCAUAAUACUGGACCAAGAAGGGAUGACCCUUCUGACCCCAAUAGCUAGAGAGAAAGGUAUUAGACUGAUUGAGCUCAUGAAAAUAUCUAUGAGCUCAUGAGUGAAAUGGAUAUAUUUUGGUGUUGAGAGUUAACUUCAGUAUUUAAGAAAUGGUGCAACAUUCUCAGGUGAGGAAAUACUAUAAAGCAAGUUAGCCAGUCAUUGACAUAACGGCAGGGCAAUUAUCUAACCUCGCUGACUCAUCAAAAGAAAGGAAAUUUUAGCAAAGGAAGGGAUAGAACAAAAAUACGCUAGAACCAACUAUUGUACUUUCUAAACACAGGUUCUCCGACAUUGGGUGAAAUAUUCGACCCAGCCAGAGAUUGUCCAGAUAUUGUUGAUCAUUUGUCUGGAUUUUUUGGAUUUCAUGGGACAUCAAAACUAAAG